AAACGAACGAGGCCAAUUCUGGAGUAAUAGAAAUACAAGAAGAACCAAAUUUCAAAGAAAUUGGGUUAGAGGAGGAAAGAGCAUUGCUGGCAAUCCAAUUGGUAUCAUCCAUAUAUCCAAAGGAAGAUAUAUCAACAGAAAGAGAAGAUGAGAUCAUAUUAGACAAAUCAGAGAUCCAGAUACAAUUUUUAAUCCAUCUUAUAAUAAAU